AUGUCAGAAACCCACAGCAAAACGUGUAUGAAGGAGACGAAUAAGCCCGCGGGAAAUCUCACCUCUCUCCCAGCGGAACUCCGGCUGCUCAUCUAUGGACACUUGUUCCGUCGGACCAAGCACGUCGUCGUGGCUUCUGGCGGCUACGCCGACAAGGCAAGAGAGUACGACGACAAGAACAAAAGCAACAGGACCUGGCCGAUCCUCUUGACCUGCCGUGGUCUACACGACGAGGCCUGGACGUCGUAUUGGUCUCACGCUCGUGUCAAGGCAUAUGUUACGUGGCGUCAGCUUCCAGAGGCUUUACCUCCCUCGACACCCUUGUCGCGAGUUCGACACCUCAGUCUCCGAAUCCACACGCUCAGCGCGCGCUGGGACCAGAUCCUCCCGGAUCUGGAGCAGACCGUUCCAAACCUGCAGACCCUCGUGAUUCGCGACGAGGAUCUAUACCUCGAGCCGGAGCACUGGCUUGAACUUUUCGGCGGCUCCUCCUCCUCCUCUUCUUGCUCUUCAUCAUGCGCUUUUCCCGCGGAAACGAUCAAGGCACGACAGGAGCGAGCCCAGAAAAUCUACCACGAGAUUAUAGCACCCAAGAUGACGACGACGACACCCACCACACCGGAAGCCAUGUCGAAACAAGAAGAGACCGGUCCACCAUCUCCAAGCUGCGGUCGCGAGACGUGCUCCGAGACGCAGCGGCGUGGCCUCGUCAUCGUGUAG